UAAAAAUAAUAGCAGAAUAGUGCUUUCAGACCUGAAUUGUUUAACCAACAUUACACGUGGACCAUGUUAUUGUUUUAUGCCCACCUAUUUCUUGUGACUGAUAAAUGCAUUGGCCAAACCUAAGAACUUAAGUUGUUGCGUAGAACAGGACACCCAUUACUUGAAAGGUGGCCAACCUCUUUCUGUAGUCAAUGCAUACUUAUUCCAAAUAUUUGACUUGUAUCCAAUAACCAACAAACCUCACUAACCAGCCGUGCAAAUCUAAUUGGAAAAGGGGCAUGAGUUUUCUUCUUGCAAACCAACCCUAGUUAUUAACAUGGAAGAUUAACAAACUUGAAGCGUUAAAAUUAGCAGCUUUCUUACGCCGUGGAUUGCGGUAGAUCUUUGUUUUAAUUAUAUAGUCUCACACACAGGACAUGAACCCUGUUAAGGUAUAACACCAAUAAUAAUCUUCUGCAUCUGCAGAACAAGAUCCAUUUUUUUUCCCCAUGUUAAAUAUGCAGUUAUUUCACAAACCUGCCAAAGCCCAGUCUCUGAUUAACUUCAUCUUAAUCUCUUCUUCAUUUAUUGUUCUUUAUGUCCUUGUGUCAGUGCUACUCUUGGGGACAUCAAAGCUAGUGCAUGUGCAUUCUUCUUCAUCACAAGAUGUGUCCACACCUACCACUCUUGAUCAUCUUGUGUUUGGAAUUGCUUCAAGCAAGAGUUCCUGGCCUAAGAGGAAGGAGUAUGUGAAACUGUGGUGGCAAAGAAACAAUGCAACGAAGGGAUGUGUGUUUGUGGAUAGCCUCCCAGAUGAAGAUCAUGAUGCUAGGAAUGAUACUUCUCUUCCUCCUCUCUGUGUCUCUGAAGACACUUCAAGGUUUCGCUACACUUGCAAAGGUGGACUAAGGUCAGCAAUACGCGUGGCACGUGUUGUUGCUGAGACUAUAGCAAUGAAUAAUCAUUCAGAUGUUAGAUGGUAUGUGUUUGGAGAUGAUGACACGGUUUUCUUCCCAGAGAAUGUGGUUAAGACUCUUUCCAAAUAUGAUCAUGGGCUUUGGUACUAUAUUGGUGCGCACUCUGAGGUUUAUGAGCAGAACAGGUUGUUUGGUUUUGGAAUGGCUUUUGGUGGUGCUGGCUUUGCUAUCAGUUCCUCUCUGGCAAAAGUCUUGGUCAAGGUUUUUGAUUCGUGUAUAGAAAGGUACCCACAUCUCUAUGGAAGUGAUGGCAGGGUUUACACUUGUUUAGCAGAACUUGGUGUAGGAUUAACACAUGAACCCGGUUUUCACCAGGUUGAUUUGCGGGGAGAUACCUUUGGCCUGUUGGCUGCACAUCCAUUAACUCCCUUGUUGUCCUUGCAUCACUUGGAUUACACAGAUCCAAUCUUUCCAAACAUGACAACAACACAAGCUCUGAAACACUUGUUUGAAGCGGUAAAUGUUGAUUCCCAAAGGAUGCUACAACAAGCAAUUUGCUAUGACAGAUGGUUUUCAUGGACAAUUUCAGUGUCAUGGGGCUAUGCUGUUCAGAUAUUCCCCAACCAUAUGUUUUUACCGGAAGUUCUGAAUGUGCGAGAGACAUUCAAGCAGUGGAAGAAAGGAAAUAUGUUGGCAAAAGCAUAUACUUUCAACACAAGAGGACUCCACCCUGACCCAUGUAAAAGAUCCACUGUUUUCUAUCUGGACAAUGUGUCUUCUGGUAAGGAUGGCAUCAUAAGCAGUUAUAAGAAAUCUUUUCAGAAUUGCUCAGAUAACAUGGUAUCACCGAAGAAACUGGAAGUGAUCAAAGUGCUCACAAAUAAGCUAGACCUUGACAUCAAACGGUUGCAGGCUCCAAGAAGACACUGUUGUGAUGUAUUGCCAUCUAGUGCUCGUGACCAACUGGAAGUUGCUGUCAGAGAAUGCAAAGAUGAAGAAUUGACUUACAUGCACUGACAUAAGUAUUGCCUGUGACCAAGUGUUGGUUCUUUCUAUCUAAUAUAGUGUACCAAGGGUCAUAUAGUUGCUGAGAAUGUAAUUACGUGAAAUUACAAAAGUAGAUUAAUUGGUAGUUGUUAGCCCUGACUUUUUGUUUAUCUGAGAGUGUAAAAUUAGUGCGAAAAGUAAACUAAAUAAAAUUAGUCUAUGAUUAAGUA